UUGAAACUACUUUCCGUAAAUCACAGACAUACGUUUUUGUCAGUAGACGUGUAGCUAACUUCGCAUGAAUGACGAUUAGCCAAAAAAGAGGUUAGGUGAUAAGUUUGUUUAUAAAACGUUUUUAUUUAGAGCCUAAUUUGAUGGGUAACGAUAAAAAACGUCGAUCUCGUAGCCGCGAACGCGACAAAGAUCGUGAUAAACGCAAAAGAUCCCGUUCUAGAAGCAAAGAACGCGAUAAAGAGAGACUAGAAAGAGUCUCGGACAGACACAGAAGGCACCGUUCUCGGUCCAGAGAAAAGGACUAUUCCAAUUCAAAUAACAAAUACGACAACAAAGAUAAACAAAGAAAUGAUCGAGAUAAAUACGAAGAGAAAGACAAGAAAUAUAAAGGCACCAAAAAGGAAGAAAUCGAAGAAGAGGACAGCAAAGUUAAAGUAGAACUAAAAGUGGGUGUAAAAAAGGAACCAGCGAAAAAGGAACCGCUGUCUUUAGAAGAACUUCUAGCUAAAAAGAAAGCCGAGGAAGCAGCCAAGAGCAAACCUGUGUUUCUUACCAAAGAACAACGAGCGGCUGAAGCUAUUAAACGUCGUCAAGAAGAGAUAGAUCGUCAGAGAAAACAGCAUGACGAAGAACGUAAAAUUGUCGAAGCUCUGCAGAACAGCCGAGAUGACGAUCUAAAAAGGGAUGAUAGAGACCAUAGAAGAAAUAGGGAGCGAGAGGAAGAGAAGCAGAAAGAUAAGGAUAAAGAAAAAGAGCAAGAUGCUAUUAAGGAAAGAUAUUUGGGGCUCGUUAAGAAGAAGAGGCGUGUUAGGAGGUUGAAUGAUAGGAAGUUUGUUUUCGAUUGGGAUGCAGGAGAGGAUACGUCCUUGGAUUAUAAUAACUUGUACAAGGAUAGACAUCAAGUUCAAUUUUUCGGACGAGGUAAUUUGGCGGGCAUAGAUAUAAAGGCCCAAAAACGGGACCAAAGCAAAUUUUAUGGUGAACUCUUAGAAAAACGUCGUACGGAAGCUGAAAAAGCGCAAGAAAAGGUUAGACUUAAGAAAGUAAGAAGACGGGAAGAGAAACAACUGUGGGAUGAUCGACAUUGGACAGAAAAAGAGCAGCCUGAAAUGACAGAAAGGGAUUGGCGUAUAUUCAGGGAGGAUUAUAACAUCACUAUUAAAGGUGGUAAAAUCCCUGAACCGAUUCGUAACUGGAAAGAAUCCGGCAUCCAAAAGGAACUACUGGAAAUAAUCGAUAAAAUCGGCUACAAAGAUCCGACGCCGAUCCAACGGCAAGCCAUACCGAUCGGAAUGCAAAACAGAGACAUUAUCGGCGUGGCCGAAACCGGUUCCGGUAAAACAUUGGCCUUUCUCAUUCCGUUGCUAUCGUGGAUCCAGAGUUUGCCGAAAAUCGAGAGAAACGAAGAUGCUGAUCAGGGUCCGUACGCCAUUAUUAUGGCACCCACUCGUGAAUUGGCUCAGCAGAUCGAAGAGGAGACUGUUAAAUUUGGUGGUCCAUUGGGUAUUAGGACUGUGGUGGUUGUGGGUGGUCUUAGCAGAGAGGAGCAAGGAUUUAGGUUACGUAUGGGUUGUGAGAUAGUUAUAGCCACGCCGGGUCGUCUUAUAGACGUGUUGGAAAACCGUUAUUUAGUGCUAAACCAAUGUACCUAUAUAGUACUCGACGAAGCCGACAGAAUGAUAGAUUUGGGUUUCGAACCAGACGUCCAAAAGAUUCUGGAGUACAUGCCGGUCACCAAUUUGAAACCGGAUUCAGAAGAAGCUGAAGACAGCAGAGUGCUUUUGGCGAACUAUAACAGCAAGAAAAAGUACCGACAAACGGUGAUGUUUACGGCCACUAUGCCUCCGGCGGUCGAAAGGUUAGCCAGAACGUAUUUGCGUAGACCGGCUGUGGUUUACAUCGGUUCCAUUGGUAAACCCGUUGAAAGGGUGGAACAAAUCGUACAUAUCAUGGGCGAAAACGACAAGAGGAAGAAACUUAUGGAGUAUCUGUCUAGAGGAAUCGAACCCCCAGUCAUCAUCUUCGUCAACCAAAAGAAGGGCGCGGACGUAUUGGCCAAAGGUUUGGAGAAAUUGGGACACAAUGCGUGUACGUUGCACGGUGGUAAAGGACAAGAGCAAAGAGAGUACGCCUUGGCGAGUCUCAAAGGCGGUGCCAAAGAUAUAUUGGUUGCUACGGAUGUCGCGGGAAGAGGUAUCGAUAUCAAAGACGUUUCUAUGGUCAUCAAUUACGAUAUGGCGAAAACUAUCGAAGACUACACUCAUCGUAUCGGUCGUACGGGUCGUGCCGGUAAAACAGGUAUCGCAGUCAGUUUUUGUACAAACGACGAUUCUGCGCUGUUCUUCGAUCUCAAGAACAUGUUGCUUUCCUCGCCGGUGUCUACGUGUCCGCCGGAGUUGAUGAACCAUUCCGAAUGCCAAGCGAAGCCCAAUCAGCCCAAGAGAAGGAGGGAUGAGAUGAUAUUCGCUUGAAAACUUUAAGACUUUUUAUUGUGUGCGUAUUUGGGAUGUUAAAAAUUAUUUAGAUUUAUAAUAAUGAAUUAAUUAAAUAUGAUUAAUAA